AUGAUGGACCCCCGGAUGUGUGCUGGCCAGGGGAAGCCCAGCCUGUCCUUUUCCAUUGAGGAAAUCUUAAAGAAACCUUCUGCCAGCACUGCCAGUUUCACAAGCAGUGAAACCAGGAAGAGAAGGAACUACGCUGAGAGACCUCCAUCCUUAAAAGCAGGGUCACCACUGGCUGCUGAUUCCAGCAGCAGGAGUCAGUUAGAAUGUGAUUUACCUUCAGCCAGAAUGCUUCUCCCCACCACAUGUGCUACACCCAUGGCCAGAGCAAAGAGAGUGCAGGCAACUCACUGCAGAAGACCUAGAGGCAGCCCGGUGUCCCUCCUAGGUGAGGACAUAGGACGUGAACACCUGGAAGGCAAAAGAAAACAUGAGGAAGAGGAAGAUCAGCUGUGUGAUUUCCCAGUGGACCAUCCACUUCAUGCUGAGAGGAAAGGGAAACGGAGAAUCCGGACAACGUUCACAGCUGAGCAGCUCCAGGAACUGGAGAGGAUUUUCCAAGUGACUCACUACCCGGAUGUCCAUAUUCGCAAUCAACUGGCAGCAAAGAUAAACCUCCCAGAAGCCAGAGUUCAGAUCUGGUUCCAGAAUCAGCGAGCAAAGUGGAGGAAACAUGAAAAAUUUGGAAACUUUGGUGGCCUCCAGCAUCUGACAGAAGUUGACUUCGUUCCUGCUCCCAAGACAGAUUUCACAGCUCCUAGCUUAAUGCCAAGAAAGCUCUUUGCUUCCUUUCCUGCUACGGGAUACUACUCACCGCUGCAAGGACAGCUGACAACUGCCUGGCUGCCCAGCAUGCUCUCCUUCUCUCCCCACCACACGGAGCUGCUGCCCUUCCCAGAACCGUACUUGGUCUUCAAUGUCCUCCCCACUUAUGGCUUGCCACUACCCCACAAGUUGGAAAGGAGCAGGAUCUGUGCCAGCUCCACAUAG